AGACAGCGCUCGUCGGGGCACUGAAACUUCAUUGGUCACAUUUUUGAUUGCGUAGAUGAAGACGGAAGUGAGAAAUCUCUGUGAUGUGAUGAGAGCAAGAUGAUCGCAGAUCUGUUGAUAUUCGGGACCUUGCUGGUGAAUGCAGGGGCUGUGCUGAAUUUCAAGCUCAAAAGGAAGGAGGGCCAGGGAUUUGGAGAUGAGUCCAGAGCGCCAACAACAGGUGACAACAUCAGAGAGUUCCUGCUCAGCCUGCGAUACUUUCGGAUCUUCAUCGCUCUGUGGAACAUCUUCAUCAUGUUCUGCAUGAUUGUAUUGUUUGGAUCAUGAUCAACAUGUGCGGUGACCAGACUCCCACUUUUUCAACAUGGAUGCUCUGAACUUCUCCUUGAUGGGAUUUUCUGUUCCUUUGACUCUUUUAACUGUAAUUAUGCUCCAUUUUCUUUACCACCUCAAAUUCUAAUUCUGCAUCUGGCUGUUCAGGAAUCUAUGAAUCGCUGUAUUUAUUUUGUCUAAUACAAGUUGUUACAUUUUUACUUUUUUGUUUAAGCUGUAACUAUCUCACCACCCCUGCCUUCUGCUGGAUAUGUGUCGUAAAUGUGCCCUUGUGCUUCAGUGUAGAAGACAAGAUGGUUUCUUCAGCAUGUCGGUUCAUUUAUUAAAGAAACACCAGGGUUGAAAAUGAUGGGCAGCCUUUGCUAACAGAAUAGGAAAUUUUGUUGUUAGUUGUCUGUCAUCAUUCAAGGAUCCUGCUCUGUCCCAUAAGAGUUGGCGUUCAACCUUUGACUUACCAAGAUGAUCUUGCUGAAACAUCCUUUUAUUCCUUUUACCUGCAUGGCCGUCAGAGUUCAGCUGGAUCCAACAGACAAGUCAGAAUUAUCUCUGUCACCUUCUGAUACAAUAAAUGGUUCAGACAUCUCCAAAUUUUACUUAUCUCCUGUUAUGUGUGUGAUGUGCAGCGGCUCAGAUAAAAAAAUAUAAAUAUAUAUUUUCCUUUUAUUCUGAGGCACAUGUGCUGUAAGUAAAUGUAUAUGCACUAUAUAAUGUAAAUGUGUCCUUAUUCUUAACAAUAAAAAUACAAUUUUCUUA